CGCCUCGGACCGCCCCCCUCCCUCGGCGCUUUUCAGUGCGGCCAGGGACCGCCCUGGCCCUGGGUGGCCCCCGUUCUUCCCGGGAGGCUCCAAGGUGGCCGCUACAAAGCACACCCCACGAGCCCCAGGAGUCGAAGGAAGGAAACACUUGUACAAACCUAACCUUUUAGAGCUUCGCGCGGAUUUUUUGCACCGACGCUGGGGCCCCCCAGGCGGCGCCUCCGGCGCCGAUCGAGCAAAUCCGUGCGGAGCUUCAAGGGUUUAUGUCUAUGCCUUCCGAUGUUCCCCUAUGGAGGCCUCAAGCUGGGGCACAGAGCUGGGGGCACCCUGGGGCAGAUUCAGCUCUGGCAGCCCUGGUCCGUUGCUGCUUUGCUCCGCAGGCAGCCGUGAGCUGCCGCUUCCACUUUCCCCGUAGCCGAUACCGUCCUCGAUCCAUGCCGACCAGGCGCGCCACCCUCGCUGCCCUGGCGGGCGCCGUGGCGGGGACGCCGCGGCAGGCGGCGGCCCUCUCGCUCGGGCUGCAGGGCAACGGCAGCUCCGAGGAGGGCUCCGUGGGCACCUGGCGUGCCCCUGGAGGAGGUCGACCCCUCCAAGUAUUCGUGCAGUGGCUUGACAGCGACAGCCCCGCGGAGGAGCCAGUGCUGACCCAGGCGCGCGCGGACGCCAAGAAGAACAAGGGCCCUCCGCACUUCCCGGACCUGCAGAGUUACAUGGAAAGGUGCCAGGCCACGGAUCCGGACGUGGUUGAGAUCCCCACCUGGAUGGGCCGAAUGGGCAACCGCGUCUGGCAGGUCCUGAAUGCCGUGCGCAUCGCGGAGGCGACGGGCAGGAAGUUUGUGAAGAUCCCGAGGACAGGCGGCGGCCUGGAUCACCACCUCUUCAGCAGCCCACAGGACAGGCUGAUCGAGGUCGCGCCUCCCGAGGCCCCGAGGACCUGUGAUUUCGUCCCCGUCUCCGGUAAGAUGUACGCCUGGCAUCACGACUGCCGCUUCCUCUUCUUCAACCGGUGCCGCACCACCGUCAAGGAGCGGAUGGUGACCUACAACAAGUACGUCCUGCCAUUGAUGAGGGACGACAUCACGGACAGGUGCGCGGCGGGUGCCGACGACGAGGUCACCAUCCACAUCAGGAACGGCGACGUGGCCCUGCACAACGACCUGAAUCCCGAGAUGCGGCCCGAGCACCGACAGCCUCCGUGCGCCUACUUCCACAAGGUCAUCCAGGCUGGCCACAAUGGGAGCCCAUUCAAGAGGGUCCAGCUGGUGUACUCGAGUGAGGAGCCAGCGAGCCCGUGCAUCGACGACAUUGUAGAGAAGCACAAGGACAAGGUGAUCCUCAGACCAGCACCAGCAGUGCCCGGCGACGUAUGCCACAUCCUGAGGGCCAAGAAUCUUGCAACCACGAUGAGCUCCUUCGCAACGGUGCUCAAAAUGAUGAACACGGGCUUGCAACGCCUCUUCUUCGCGAACAUGCUGUCCCCGAAAAUCAUGACGAAGGAGCAGUACGACAUCCAGAUGGACUACUACGAGUUCAGGAUGGGCGAGCUGUGCGACGUUUUCCCAGAGGUCACGAGCUACUCGGUGCCCGACCUGUUCCUGAACGAGUCCUUCUUUCUGAGAUUCCCCGACGAGAACAUCGUCGUAGACUCCUGCCAGGGGGACCCGCAGAGCAUCGCGACCCUCCGCGAGGCGGUGCGGUCCAAGAGCGCGGCCGCGAAGAAACGCCGCUGGUCCCGGUGAGUCGCGAGGCGGCCCUGAAAGCAGACCUGGUGCGGAGCUUCUUUCCUUUCGUCUCCUCGUCGUCGUCCUCUCCUCUUC